CCUGGAUGUUGCGCGGGGAGCGGCUGUGGCGUGGCGGCGGUGUGUGUGAGGUUCGUGUGUGAGGCUGCCAGGCCGUGAUGGAGGGCUUGCAGGUAGUGACCCUUAGCGAUGGGACAACAGCCUCCGAGCAGCAGGCUGCCAAAGGUGAAAAGGUAAUUGAAGAGCAAGUCACUGAAACUGAAGACGAAAACACAGUGUACAUCCAUCCAGUGGUAGUUCAGAAAGAUUUUGUAGCUUUUGAAGAUGGACAGCCAGUAGUUUCGGAAGACAGGGGUAUGGCCUACAUACCUAAAGAAGGUUUUGAUUCCAGCACUUCAGAGGCUGUCCAGCCAGAGGGUGGCUCCACCACCAACAGCCAUUCUGCCAUCGUGCUCCCUGACAGCCUCAUCGUGGAAGUGCAGGCAGAAACAGGGCAAGAGGAGAAAGAUGAUGCCUUUGAUGUCAGGACCAUUAAUGCAUUAAAGCAGUAUGCCAACAAGCAUUUGCAGGAGCAGGAAGUGCACAGCAACGAGAAGAGGAUAUGAGCUGCCCAUAAAGCACACCGCUGUGGGUACGCAGGCCAGAUCAGAGACCCAUGCUUUCUCUUCCAGGUACAUGAACGUUCUCAUACAGGUGACCGGCCAUAUGCAUGUCGCUUCCCAAGUUGUGGGAAGACAUUUGCAACAGCGUACGGGCAGAAGACCCACAUGAAAAUACAUACUAGUGAGAAACCAUUCAAGUGCCCAGAAGACUCAUGUAGCAAAGCCUUCAGAGCUUCUGGUGAUCUAUAGAAACACAUCCGGACGCACACAGGGGUGCGUCCCUCCAAGUGCCCGUUUGAGUUCUGCGGCCGCUCUUUCACCACCUCCCACAUCCUCAGCGUUCACAUCUGAAUGCACACAGGCGAGUGUCCCUACGCCUGUCCAGAGCCCAGGUGUGGAAGGAGCUUCACCAGCGUCACCAAUUACAAGAACCACAUAAGAAUUCACACAGGGAAGAAGCCCUAUGCCUGCCCUGUGCCGGGCUGUGGGAAGUGCUUCACAGAGUACUCCAGCCUCUACAAGCACCAGGUGGUGCACACACACAGCAGGUCCUACUCCUGCAACAUCUGUGGGAAGGCCUACAGCCAGAGAUCUAUGCUGGGCACACACAAGUGCAGCGGCCGCAGAGAGCUGGAGGCCACAGAGGAGAGCGAAGAAGUCCAGCAGCAGCUGGAGGGUGAGCAAUCACUUCCACGUCACUUGCAGCAUGUUGCUUUCCCAUCAGAGAUGGAGAAAGACAAGGAUGAGGAGGAAUAUGAUGAUGGUAUGCCUACACAGGUCUCACUUAUCUCUCAGGAUGAGACAGAGCAGAUCAGCUUGUCACAGGAAGACCUGCAGGCCCUGGGCAGUGCAGUCAGCGUGGUGAUGCAAAGCAGUGCCCUCACAGUGCCCAAGGAAGAGUUUGUGGGUGGUGACAUGCACACCAUGACUGUGAUCAACGCUGAUGGCACCGAGACACAGCCGGUUACCAUAGUCACCUCUGGGCCAGUCAUGUCUGAAGAGUCAGCCAUUACAUCCCUCUGCCAUCGGCAGGUGGCAAUGUUGGCAGCCACCAAUGGUGCAGUGCAGCUUGAAGAGCAGCAGAGCCUGGAGAACAGCAUCAGUAUGACGGCAGCAGCAAUCCAGCAUGAACCUGUAACACUGGACACAGCCGUGGCUGAGAAUGGCUGCUGAGACCCUGCAGAGCCUCCCAGGCAGGAAGAGCAGGCAGCCAAGCCCAUUCCUCCAUGGGUGCAUCAGGAUCUGCAGGAUCUGGGCCAGCAGGCACAUGGAAGAUGUGCAGUAUAGGGGUGAGGGAAGGAGUCUGAGAGCAGCUGGCUUGUGAUGUGCAGCAAACAGGCGGUGAGAGCCAGUGCUGGCAGUGUUGGGCUGCAGGGUGGCCAUGCCAGAAGGGCUCUUCCCUCCAUGAGCAAUGUCUAUUACAGCUGCUACCUUCUGCUGGAGGCUCUGCUGUUUUCCUUGGCUCAGAGCAGCAGCUUUCCUGCUCCUUGCUGUGGACCCUUGUCAUUGUUUUAUGAUUUAAAUUACUGGUAUUCCACAUCAUAAUAUCAUGUAGUGUGCUGGGAGUUAAGGUUAAUGCUGCUGUUCCAUGGACUGCUGAUAUUUCCAGGUACCUGGUUCUCAGAAGAGAAGAACAUCUCCCAGAGAGAAGAAGAUCAUCUCCUGGAAGACUUUCACUGUUCUGUUUCCAUUUUCUGUUUAGAGGGAAAGAUAAAACUGUUUGCAAGUCGAGACACCUCCCCUUUUACUGCUCAUCUGUGCAGUGUGUGCUCCCUGGCUGUCUCGCCUUCAGCAUUAGAGUAAGGCCUUUGGUUUUGGACAGACUUUCU